UUCUACAUUUAGGCACGUAGAUAGGAAUCAAAUAGCCUUAUAUGUUAGACUUUUUAGUGCUUUACAUAUCGGUUCACGCAUGCCUCCUAAAAUCGUAUAGCUUUUGGGGAGAAAAGAGAGAAAACAGACCGACUAGAACCCGAAUUCCUAAAGUUUAAACUUUUAUUUUUGAGAGGAAAGAGAGAAAACGGAUCGACUAGAGCCCGAAUUCUUAAAGCUUAAACUUUUAUUUAGAGCGAAAGACGAAAACUUUCGUGCACAUAUAGCCAACCGUUUUUGCAGCUGGAGGCCACCUCCUCCGAUCCGUCGUCUCCAUUCCUCUAUGGACUGCACGCAUCAUCAGCCCCGCCCCACAAUGACACCCAACCUGGAACCUUCUCCCGCGCCGGCGCCGCCCACCGCCGCGCCGCAAGAAGCCACCGGCGAUUCUGAGUCUGACUCCGACACCACCGUGUCGGCCCUGCUGACAGGGGACCACCCCUCGGUGCCAGGCUACGACGACGAGGACGACGCCGAGUCCUGCAGCGGCGGCGACGGUGGCAGUGGCCUUUGCGGCGGUGCUACCAGCGCCGCCGGCGGCGACGGCAGUGACGGGGACGACGACGUGGGCGCGGAGCGUGGCGAGGCUGAAGUCGACAGCAGCAUGGCCGUGCCGUGGUGGCGCCGGAUGGCGGUCGAGGAGGCGGCGGCGGCGGCGGCGCACGAUGAUGGCGGCUGGUUCGCGCCGGCGGCGGAGGCCGGGGUGGUUGCCGGCGCCGGCGGCCAUUCAGCCGAGAGCAACAUCCUCUUCUGGGAGGCUUGCAUUGAGCACGGCUACUAGCUGCCUGCCGCCAUGGAUGAUGCGACAUUUAUUGAUGCUUGUAGCUGUAGACCAGACCGCCAUGGAUGUUUUCAUAUUGAUCGACUUCCUGACAUAGUGACACGUCAUGACGCCAGGCAUCUGACGUCAGCUUCCUUCACAGUGCUUUGUAAAACUUACAUGAGUUCUUUUAGAAUCCAAAUGUAUAUUCUACUGCUGAAUGGAUAUCUGAAACUUAAUUUUGUGACUUCCAGUGGGGAUCCAGUUCAUGUUCACGUCAGCUAAUCUGAAGUUUCUCAAGCAAGCAGUGCCAAUCCCUAUCUUGGAGUACAUUCAUAUUUACUCUAUCCGGAUUUUGAAGAAAUUUUUGUUAUGUCAGAGUGCCACGGUGCAAAGUGACUAAAUAAUCUACAAGAUGAGUAGCUGACCAUGUGUUGUGGAUGUGUAUCGGCUCAAAGCCCUCUGCACUCUCAGGCCGUGAGUUCAAUCAGAUAGGAACAGUUGAGCACUAUCUCUAGGUGAAUAAUUCAUACGAACAAAGAACUAUUCUCGCAGAAUCAGGAGAACUUGCCUUCAUAUUCAGCAGAAGAUUUGUGCAACAGCAAUACUGCAGACCACCUGCGAAUAGAAGAGAAAUUAACCUACUGAAGUUCAGUUCAGACUUAAUCCAGAGCAGCCAUGGAAGAACAUGAAAAAUGCUAGGCAACAGAGAAAUAAAAGAAUCUUGGUGUUGGCAUGUAUGUAUGCUAUUAUGUAUGUAUGCAGGGACCUAUCUGCUCAUGUAGUAAUAAAAGAGAGGGGGCGGUGUGUGCCUGGGGACAUACAUGAACCCUAUACUCAUUCCCAAAUUCAACUUGGUAUACAGAGCUAGGUUACGCCGCUGCCGCCGUCGUUCCCAAAUCCACCACCGUCCUCCACCUCUCCGUUGUCGCGUGCACAGCCAAUCCAACCCCGACUGGUUCGUUCUUCAAGCGCGCGGGUCGCGCACCCGCGCGUGCGCGGGGCUGCGGGCGGACUGCCGCUUGUAGGAAGGGUCGUCGGCCUCCUAUACCUCACAUACCAGCAAGGGGGCGAGCUGGAGUAGGUGCAGGGGGAGGCAUACGAAGUGAAGGCUAACUGCUCCUUGUGAAGGCUGUUGCCACUGCCAGAUCUAGGUGAGAAGGAAGAGGAUUUCUGCUGUUGUGCUGCUUAGUGAUUUGGGAAUAAGCCUGGUCCGGUGGGUAACUGAAUCUUUGAUGCUUAAGAGAGUGCCGUGAUUGUGGUGGACACACUCGGCUGUAGAGAUAGCUUGGCAUUACUCCAGUAAGGAUGAUGAGCCCUGAGGAGUUGGAGGCUAAGAGGAAGGCAGACGAAGAAGCUGCAAUGAAGGCAGGAACUGGGAAAAUUAGCAGUGGAAGUGGUGAAGAUUUACUCACAAAAAUGAGAUGAGGAGUGAAAUGCGAAAUAUGUUGCAGGAGCUUAUGGAGAUGGGUGUGGUUGGUCCUAGGAUAGGGGCUGGAUCAUCUGACCUAAAGCUGGAGCUUAUGCCAAAUGAUGUGAAGCUUGAGGGCAGCAAGAACUAUCUGAGUUGGGCUAGGAGAGUGGGUGUGCUUUUGGGUGCCAAAGGAGUGGAACACUACUUGGAGGAGAACUGUGUUGAGCCUGUUAAUAGGCUUAGCAUUGAAUGGAAGGUAUGGCACACCACAAACUCUACUGUGGUGGGAUGGCUGAUGGCAUCGAUGUCUCCAUCUAUUGCUAAGAUGGUAUAAUCAAUGCGGAGUGCAGCAAAAAUAUGGAAGACACUGAGUAACAUGUGCUCUAGGAAAGGAAAUGUGAUGAUGAUGAUGGAAAUCCAAAGCAAGGCAGAUGCAGUGAAACAAGAAGGGAGGACAGUUGAGGAAUAUGCUAGUGAACUCAAGUAUUUGUGGGGGGAGUUAGAUCAUUAUGCUCCGCUGCAAAUGGAGACUCCAAAUGAUGCUCAAACUGUACAAAAAUGGGUGGAGGACAGGAGGGUAACCCAGUUUCUCAGGGGUUUGAAUCCUGAAUUUGAGCAAGAGGCUGCUAUAUGCCACCAGGAUAGUCUCCCUAGUCUGGAGGAUGCAAUUUCAGCCAUGGUCCAAGAAGAAGUCAGGUUGCGAGUGAUGGGCAGUAGCAAUCCUGUGCGAUCAGCCUACACCAUAGCUGAUGACAGGGAUUGCUAUAAUUGUGGAAUCAAAGGUCACUUGAGCUAUUACUGUCCUCAACCGAGGACGAUAAUGAGGGUCAGUUCAGCAACUGUGGAGGCCGGGGUGGUGGCCGUGGUGGCCGUGGUUAUGGUGGUACUCGUGGAGGUCAUACUGGAGGCCGAGGCCGAGGCCGAGGUGGUGGCCCUAGGGCCAAUGCAGCGAUGACAGAGGAGGCUACAUCUAUCACCAUGACAGGGGAACAAGCCAUACAGUGGGAACAAUGGCAGAAGGGAAAAGCCUCUAAUAGCUCCACAAGCACCACACAGGGUCGCAGCAGCAGCCACUCAUUUUGGUAACUUUGCCAACUAUGCCCAUGCGGGCAAAGGAGAAGAGGACUGGGAAGAGGAUUGGGACUGGAAUCAGGCGUAAUGGGUUAUGGUACAUCAGCCAGGAAGAUUCUGCUUUGGCAGUAAAAGGUGUGGAGCAAGAUAUUUUGUUGCAUCAUUGCAGAUUAGGACAUCCAUCUUUUGAGAAUUUGAGUAGACAAGAGAAAACUUGUGUGUGAUGCUUGUGAGUUCAGCAAGCAUACGAGGUCCACAUAUAGUGUUGUUGGACUUAGGAGUUGUGAACCUUUCAUAUUAAUACAUUCUGAUGUUUGGGGACCAUGUCCAA